AUGGUGAGGCUGUUCCCUCGAGCAGCAGCUCCCCCUGCGAGCCCGCUCCCUCGGUCAACGACUCCCCUGGCGGUCCCCUAUGGGAACCCCAUCGAGGCUGCGACGAGCCCUGCCGAGGCCACGACAGGCGGCUCCCCUGGCAAGCUCCUCCCCUCCCUCUACAUUGAGAUAGCUCAGAUGAUAGGUAGAACAUUGAUGAAGACUAAUAACUAA